AUGACCAGCCCAGCAGCGCUCUUCCUGUGCGUCUACCACGUCGCCUUGGCAGUGUUGGGCUCCGUGUUUUUCGAAAACUACUUGUUCAAGGACUUCGACAACAGUUUCAGUAUCGUGAAAAUAAUUUUCUGUUGUUCCUUCGUCUUGUGCUUGUCCCUGCUGUCCAUGUUACUAUUUGAAAUACUCGGCUUCCUUACGACAACACUCAAGCUCUUUAUAUGGUACAUAGACAUCACUUGCUUGGUUCUAUUCAUUUACCUCAUCAUCCCCAUCAGUUUGAUAUACACUUAUGUUACGUAUGAAGAUGAGGAGGCAGCACAUGGGCUCUUCAAAUUUAAUUAUUUUUACAAUGCACUCAGAAAAAUGAAAAACAAAAAAAAAUAUAUUUUACCUGAACAUGUUAAGGCAAAUUUUAUGAGAAGAUUAUUAUACGUAAGUGAAGACUUGAUGAAACAAAUGGAAAACUACAACAGAAAAAUCAGAUAUAAAAAUAAACAAAAGAUUUUUCAAUUCAUGAUUGGCUGCUUUCUUAUAUUACCACUCAUCUGGUUCACUUUUUAUAAAAUUUCCAUGAUCACUCUGAAAAAUAAUAAUGACAUAUAUGAUGAGUCUUCUGACUUUUACAACAUUGGAAAUAUUAUACAAGAAAAGUUUAACGAUGUAAAUAAAGAGUUUUCACAAGAAUAUGAUACGAAUAGUGAAAAAAAUAAAAAUUCUUUUUUUUUUAAAGUUAUGAAAAAUUUACUUAUUUAUAUGUCUGUUACUGGGAUGACAUUGGUUAGUGCACUUUCUGCCUUCACCAGUUUGUACUCUCCCUACACUAACAUCAGUGUCUUCUUGUUCUUCGUCACUGUUAAAAAGGUUAAGAUCAUUGAGAACAAAAUUAAGUUUGUAACAAAUGAAUUGUCCUUGAAGAAAAAACUUCUUGUUUUGUAUGACCAUCCGCAUUUAAUGCAGACCUUUUGUUGCAAAAAGAGGGAAGACAUUUCCACUCUCCAUGGGUCUCUGCUCAGCGGCGAAAACCUCAUGAGUGGUUACGUCCCCAGCGGCAAUGGAAACUUCAUGACUGACCGGAUCGGAAGCUCCUCCUUUGGCGUGGACAUGCCCGUGCAACAGACCACCACCUCUUUUCUCCACUCCCCGGACCGGGGGUACCACCACAGUGCCACGCGAGUGACAGGUGCGGACACCUCGAAUGAGGCGAAGAUGGGCACAGCGCUGUGCGACCACUUAGUGGGGACCUGUAACGGGGACGACCCGCCGGGGGAAAAAAUUCCCCAAAUGCACAGGGACACACAUCAGGAAGAAGUCGAGUAUAUUGGAUGCAAGCCUUUUAAAAAAUGCAACCUGUACUUGGGCUCCCACAAGUCGAUCUACAAAGACAUAUACGAGACUUUCAUGAAAAAGGAAAAUGACUUGGUCUUGGGCGACACGCUCCCUGGCGGGGAAGACGACGAAGAGACAUGCAUGGGGGAGGACAACCUGUCCAGCCUAUCGGUCCUGUCGAAAAUGUCGACCCUGUCUAAGCGUUAUAGCGCGCGCGAAAUGGCAACCCCGCGCAGGGCCGGGCAGGACACCCCACUUGCCCAUUGGAGGGGGGAACAAACGUCAACUGGGAAUUGCAUGGAUGUGGGUGAUGUGGGUGAUGUGGGUGAUGUGGGUGAUGUGGGUGAAGGGGACGAUGCGGACGACGGCGAGUGUUGGGACUGCAACCCCAGGGGACAGAAACAUAGUAGCAUUGCUAACUCCGCACAACGGAUGAACAAAAUGGGUAGUGGCAGCUCGCUCUACAAGAGAAGCAUCAAGUCGGGGAACUCUGUGGGGGAGAGGAAGCAUGUGUAUUACACGGGUCGCUUCCUCUUUUUCAAAACAACUGAAGGGGAGGAGAAGCACCUGAACUCGAGGCAGCACGAGGGGGGAACCGAAAUGAUGGACUCACAAGUGGGGCGUGAACUAGAUUUAGAAGCUACCGCCGCCACAGGCGAGGAGAAGGAAAAGAAGCAGAAAAGGGAGGUGGCCUUCCUGUCGCGCUUGAGGGGUAUCUGCUCAGUGCGACGAUUUUUUCAACACAGCGAGAUGGGGCCGCAGAAGGGUACGAAGGAAGGCGUUGCAAAUAUUAUUCAUAAAGCCGCUAACAAUGACAGCGCUGCGGCACCGCAGCAAAGGAGACACAUGUCUGAGUUUCUGUCCACGAGCAUAGAGCGAUCGUACAGGACGCUGAAGAGCGUAAAGGACUUCUUCAAGCGAAACAAAGCAAACGCAAAAAAAAAAAAAAAAAAAGAAAUCCUCAUGCAAGAUAUUAAGUCGUUAGAAUAUAUGGCCAAAAAUCUCUACUUCCUCCUGGAUGACGUAAUUAAGGAACAGAUUAGAAUAAACCACAGCUCCUCCUUCACUGGUAUGUUACUCUACCUCCUCGGGAUCCUCAUGUCAAUCUUGUGUGUAUACAAAAUAACCAAAACCUGUUAUAUCAUUUACAUGGUGGAAAUAUACUACAGAUUUAUCUGUACGUACAGCAGUGGACAUGUCCUCAUGCUGUUUUACGCAAAAAAUAUUAACAUUGAUUUUAUAAAUGAUAUAAAGAAAGUACUACACAUUGUUCACAUUAAUAUAAACCUCGAAAAUUAUGUCGUUUCUAUCACUUCAAUUCUGUUGUUAUGCUUCAUUUUUACAAAUCUUAAAUGCUUCAUGGAGAGAAUAAUUAAGCUCAGGUACUCUACCAAGUCUUCCCUUUACUCCAACCUUGCCAUUCUGCUCAUGUGUGAAAUUAUGGACUUAUAUUUUUCUGCGUAUUGUAUUCAGUUGUUUGAUUAUCUUCCUGCCAAGGAGAAGAUGAAGAUGCUUUACAUUUUUUUUAACAAUAACCUGCUGGACUUGUUCAAGCUCAAGUACCACUUUGAUUUCGUUUAUGUCAUUUCCCUCUUCAUUUCGCUCUUCCUCAUUCGCCUGCACCAUCAACAACGCUCCAGCCAGUUCCGCGAAAUAUGA